CAAAAAGAAAGAAUAUUCAAAGCAAUGGUCCGUCCGACGACUCCUCAACCUCCGGCGAACAUUUACGUCACUUCAAAGCAGAUUAUCGCCGGAAUAGGUGAUUCUCUGACUAAUCUAUUCUCAAUAUGUACAAGGAAAGCCAAAAAGCAGUUGAGCAGAGCGACGAGGAAGUUUCAAUCCGAACGAGUGAUUAUCUCUGCAUCUGCUCUGUCUAGAUCGAAGAUCAUAUUAGCUUCGAUCAAUAAAAAGUCGAUUCAAUUUCGAAUGAAAAUGAAGAAGAGAUCUAGAAACGGUAGUGAUUCCGAUGAAUUAGAUCAUGAGGUUGGAAUCGACGGCGGAUUGUGGCGUAGGACUAUAUUGAUGGGAGAUAAGUGUCAACCGUUGGAUUUUCCUGGUGUUAUCUAUUAUGAUUGUAAUGGAAAUGUAAUGUCAGAACUUCCAGUUAGGUCACCUAAAGUAAGUUCGCUGUCGAAUUAUGCUUUUGUGGAUGAUGAAUAAGGAUUCAUGGUGACAUUAUAGGUACGCCGUAAUUGAUAUGUGAAAUUAGGUUUUCUUUUCAUCUUCAUCUUAUUCUUCUUGUUCUGGUUCUGGUGCUGGUGUACUUAGGCCGAUUUGAACAAGAACAAUCAAUGUAAUCUGUUUGC